AUGGCAUCAUCGAAUAUCAGCGCAUUGCUGGACAGGCAAUUAAUAACAGGCGAAGAGAUCCAAGACGUAAUAAGGAAUUACAAAAAGGACUCGCCUGAGCGAAAACUACAGCAUGACUACUUCCAAAAACGCAUUGAGAAGUUAGCUAAGCUGUGGGAAACAUUUUCUAAAGAGGAUUCAAAUAUAAGUAAAACAGAAGGUGCUAAAAUUGAGCACAAUUACUUUAAAAAUGAUUACUUCAAUCAAAUAAGGGAUUUGGUUGUAUCAUACAAAGGAGAAUUUAAUAAACAAUUAUCCACAAUACAAAUGGAUACUGGAUCGGUUACUUCCAAUGAAGAAUAA